AAAAGAAUCACAUUCCCGCCAUCUUGUCUUACAUAUUUUCAACAUCGAAGGAGAAGGAAGAGCAAAACUUGUUGCGAAAGAUCGGAGAAAUGGAGAAAGGCAGCAGUGGCGGAGAAGCUGUUCCUACAGGGUGCUACAAGUGCGGCCGCCCCGGCCACUGGUCCAGAGACUGCCCUUCCAAUCCCAGCAGUAAUGACAAUAAUUCUAACCCCACUUCCACUACACCGAAUGCUACAUAUGCGUCUACUCGCAGAUCGACGCCGUACGCGUCCAACUCAAGCGCCGCCGGUGGUUCACUUCCAAAGCCGAAGUCAGCCCCGAGAACGCGUCCCAAAUUGACGCCCGAUUCCCUUCUUUCGGAAGACGGACUUGGUCACAUCCUGCGCCAUUUCCCCAGAGCCUUCAAGUACCAUGGCCGCGGGCACGAGGUCUCUGAUCUAGGAAACCUACUGGGAUUAUAUGCUGAUUGGCACUCACGUUUACUUCCCUACUACUCCUUUGAUCAGUUUGUACAUAAGGUCGAAAAAAUUGCUGCCUCAAAGCGUGUCAAGUUAUGUUUGAAAGAUUUACGAGAAAAAGUUGCUAAUGGAGUUGAUCCAGCCAAGCUCCAAGAACCUGAAGCUCAAGAACAAAUCUCAAGUAAAGAACAAGAUAAUAUGACCAUAGAUGAGCUUAGUUCUCACCAGAAAGAUGCUGACUCCAACCCUGAUGGAGAUGUCUUUCAGCAUGAAAUGAAUCAUGAUGUUUGGGAGAGUAUAGAAAAGGAACCAACACAUCAUCAUCAGCCACAGGGUAAGAGUAGUGAUGAAAAAGGAAGUGAUGAUAGAAGUGGUGCUGUGGAAAGUGAGGUAAAAGGCAGAUCAAAUAAUCAAAUCUCAGAAGAGCAAAGAGCUCGUAUGGAGGCUAACAAGCUUAAGGCAUUACAGAGGGCUGCUGCCCGGGCUACUCCUUGUCCUACUCCACUCUAGACUCUUUUGCACUAAUCGCUAUCUAUUAUCUCUCUUUUGCAUUGUGUCCAUAAUUUGCUAUUCACUAUCUAUCAUCUCUGUUUUGCAUUAUGUCCAUAAUUUAUAUUUUGAGAUUGCAAAA